CCAGGUGGGUUAUGGGGUGGGGAUGGGAUCAGGCAGGGGGACAGUGCCUGGGUGGGACACAAAACGGUGUCACCGUUGGUUGGGGUCUGUGCCAACACCAGAUGUGGAGUGGUGCCACCAUUGGUGGGGGACAGUGCCGGGGUGGGACACGGAGAGGUAUCACCAUUGGCUGGGGACAGUGCCCACGUGUGACACGGGACGGCUGGGGACAGCGCUGGGAUGAGGCGCGGGACGGUGCCACCGUUGGCGAAGGACAGUGCCACAAUGGGACACCGUGGGUUGGGACGUGGCCUGGGUGGGCCACGGAAUGGUGCCACCAUUGGUCGGGGACCACGCCGGCGCGGAACACAGAACGGUGUCACCAUGGAUAGGGGGCAGUGAGGGCCACGGGGUGGGGGCCGGUGCGUGGGUGCCCCGAGGAGACCCCGGGGCAGGGACCCGCCUGGGAUGCGCGGUGCCGUGGGUGACCGUCCCCUCUCGUUGUGCCGCAGGGCCCCCGCCGACGGGACGCUCCGCCCGCCCGCGCUCCUCGGGGGGCACUGAGGUGGGCGCAGACCCACGGCCGCCCCCAGCGCCCUCCAUCUCCCCCCCCUCCCAGGCUCCUCCCGACCAUGCCCCAAGCUUCGGAGCAUCGCUUGGGCCGUGCCCGCGACCCGGCCGUCGUCACCGCGCAACCCAAAGCCGCCGCCAAGCUGCCGGGCCGGGCGCUGAGUCAGGAGCGCCAUGCCUUCACCUCCGCCCCCAACGGGCUCUCCCCGGCCCCGAAACUUCGUCUGCUGCCCCCCAGACCCAGCACGUUGGAAGAACGCGGCAAGAAGCUGGACCUGGAGCGGGGCCGGGCGGCCAAGCGGGGCUCGGCGUGCCGGCGGGGACCCCUCAAAGCGGACCACGGGGUGCGGGUACCCGGUUCCCCGCAGGCGGGCACGGCACCGGGCGGCGCUUCCUUCUCUUUGCCCGCGGGAGCGGAACGGCGGAGGAGCAACCUGGCCCGCUCCAAAUCCGUCAGCAUCGGGGACCUGAGCGGCGAGGACGUGGCGGCGGCGCUGAGCCGCUUGGCGCUGCGGGACGGGGGGCACCCGCUGAGCGUCGGGGCGCUGGCCCUCAAACGGAGCUCGUCCCUGCGGAGGGUCAACGUCGGAGUGGGGCUGGAUGGGAAAAGCGCCGCCCCGCUGCUCUCCGUCCGCCACGAGGGCUGUGCCCGGACUCGUGUCCCCGAUCCCCCGUACGGCCCCAACGGCACCAGCCCCCCGCUGGGCCGAGCGCCCGAGGAGAAGGCGGCAGCUACCCACCACGCGCUGCUGCUGGGAUCCGGUCACGUCGGUCUCCGGAAUUUGGGGAACACGUGCUUCAUGAACGCGGUGCUGCAGUGCCUGAGCAGCACCAAGCCGCUGCGGGACUACUGCCUGCGCAAGGACUUCCUGCAGGAGCAGCCGCCCGGGCCCCGCGCGCCGCAGGAGCUCACCGAGGCCUUCGCCGAUGUCAUCACCGCCCUCUGGCACCCGGACUCCACCGAGGCCGUCAACCCCGGGCGCUUCAAGGCCAUUUUUCAGAAGUACGUCCCUUCCUUCACCGGCUACAGCCAGCAGGACGCCCAGGAGUUCCUCAAGUUCUUCAUGGACCGGCUGCACGCUGAGAUCAACCGCAAGGGCCGCAGGACCCCCAGCAUCCUGUCGGACACCCGGCGUGCCCCCGCGCCCGAGGACACCGACACCAUGAGCGACGACGAACGCGCCAACCUGAUGUGGAAGCGGUACCUGGAGCGGGAGGACAGCAAGAUCGUGGACCUCUUUGUGGGGCAGCUGAAGAGCUGCCUCAAGUGCCAGGCGUGCGGUUACCGCUCCACCACCUUCGAGGUGUUCUGCGACCUCUCCCUGCCCAUCCCCAAGAAGAGCUUUGCGGGAGGGAAAGUUUCCCUGCACGACUGCUUCAGCCUCUUCACCAAGGAGGAGGAGCUGGACUCGGAGAACGCUCCCGUGUGCGACAAGUGCCGGCAGCGCACGCGCAGCACCAAGAAGCUGACCAUCCAGCGCUUCCCCCGCAUCCUGGUGCUGC